AUAUCUAAAAGUAAGAACCCACACAAUGAAAAUCGCAAUCACCGGCGCCCGCGGCACCGUCGGCCGUGCAUGCGUCAAGCUGUGUUCCAAAGCUGGCCACGCAACCGUCCAAAUUGACCGCACAGAGCAAGAUUUCGAUGGCACACCCAACUCAGAAAUGCGCACUGCAGAUGUCGCAAACGAUUAUGACGCCGUUGUCAAGGCCUUCAAGGGCUGCGACGCGCUCAUCCACCUCGCCGCCCUGCCAGACCCUGUCGGCAAGGACGACUGGAUGGUGCACAACAAUAACGUCAAUGCUGCAUUCAACGGAUUCCACGCCGCAGCCACUUUGGGCAUCAACCGCGUCUGUUACGCGAGCUCGGUGAAUGCGGUGGGCCUCGCGUACGCGAAUCGACCGCUGAAAUUCGACUACCUCCCACUGGACGAGGAAGCUCCGCAACGCCCGACCGAUUCAUACGCCCUCGCAAAGGAAGAAGCCGAGGCGCAAGCGCGCAGUUUUGUAAACUGGUUCCCCGGCAUGAACAUCGCCUGUCUGCGGAUCCAUGAAGUCGCGCCUCUAAAAGACGUGCAGAAAGAACACGAGAGCAAUUGGGAGGAAGCAGCAGUGAAGCAGCUCUGGGGAUGGGUGAAUCCCGAGGCUGUUGCGAGGGCCUGUCUUCUUUCUGUUGAGCGCGCAGAGAAUCUCAAAGGCUGCCAGGUGUUGAAUAUCGCAGCGCCGACGACAACGCAGAGCACGCCGUCUGCUGAGCUUGCGAAGAAAUACUAUCCGAACGCGGAGAUCAGGCCGGGCUUAGAGGGGAAUAAGGCGUUCUGGACAACGGACAAGGCAAAGAGGAUUAUCGGGUGGGUGCAUGAGGAGAAGGAGUAGGUUGAGUCUGGUGGAUAUCAUAUGUGUGAACAGAAAGUUACCGGGCAGGGCGUAUUGCUUGCGUGAGUGGACUGCUCAGUAACUAUAGAUCAUAAACUGCAUUCAAAUAUGUUAUACCAUUCAUAU